AUGGAAUAAUAUCAUAUUUGUUUUGCCGACUGUUGCGUCGAGGUUUGUUAAGAAAAUAAUAAACAAUGUCUUGGAUAUGGAUUUUUUUUUCCUCUUAUUUUAUUUUCUAUGCGCAAGUAAAUAAAGUGGAGGGAAAAAAAGGCUUUGGAGUUGGGGAACAAGACUGGAGUUAUGUCGAAGUUCGACCAGGUGCUCAUAUGUUUUGGUGGCUGUACUACGCAAACCCUCCUAACAAACCAGCCAACUUCAAUGCUUUGUCGAAACCAUUGGUAAUAUGGGUCCAUGGUGGGCCUGGAGGGUCUGCUGCUGGUUACGGAAACUUUGAAGAAAUUGGGCCGUAUGACAUUUUUGGAGAGUAUCGUAACCAGACACUGGUCAAUGACUACAAUGUCUUGUUUAUUGAUAACCCAGUUGGUUCAGGCUUCAGUUAUGUUGACAAUGACUCGGCAUAUGCUACAAAUAAUAGACAAGUAGCCAAUGAUUUACUGGAAUGUAUUAAAAAAUUCUUAGAUGCUAUUCCAGCAUUCAAAAAUGUACCGACUUAUAUCUUUGGAGAAUCCUAUGGUGCAAAAAUGGGAGUAAAAUUGGCUUCUAUUUGGUACAAAGCGCAAAAGUGCAGAAGUGUCCACAGUAACCUCAAGGGAAUCGUCAUGGGCUCCCCUUGGAUUUCUCCAGUUGAUACCGUUCUUUCUUGGCCACAAUUUUUAUUAAACACGGGAAUUGUUGACACAGCCGGGUCUAAAAGAAUUGAAACGGCUGCAAAAAAAGCUGAAAAAGCCGUGAAUGAGAGAAAUUGGAAGGCAGCUACUGAUGCUGAGGUUGAAACUUUGGAUACUAUAAGUCUAGUCAGUGAUAAUAUUACGCAAUUUAACAUUUUGAUUGAGAGAAGCUCACAUGCAGGAAUACAGAAUCACACAACUCUAUUUCCAAAACCGCCUAAACCAGCAGAGCAUUGGUCGCAGUUAGUUACGUUCAUGAACACAGACGUUAAACAAGCUCUUGGACUCACAAGAACUUGGCUUAUGGACUCAGAAAAAGUUGCCGAAGUUCUUUGGUCAGAGAUAUUUAAACCUGCGGUCAGAACAGUGGAAGAAUUAUUGAACGACACAGAUUUGAAAGUGUCUGUUUAUGGCGCGCAGCUCGAUUUGAUUUGCGCUUUGCCUGGUACUGUAAAGUGGGUGGAAAAUAUGAAUUGGAAGCAUGAUAAAGCUUGGAAAAAUUCAUCAAGAGUCCCAUUCGCCGUCAACAAUAUUCUCGAGGGAUACGUUAAAGCGUACAAAAAUUUCAAAAUGUAUUGGGUCUUCCGCGCGGGUCAUUUGGUGGCCAAUGACAAUCCGUAUGCUGUGACUGCGAUCCUCCAAGAUCUUACAUCUGGCCAAUAAUGAAUUAUUUUUUUUUUAAACAUAAAUAAUGACAAAUCAAUAGAAAUUUAAAUAAUGUAUUAAUAUCAAAAAAAUCUGAAUAAAUUUCUGUCUAUUAAAUUGUUA